UGCCACUCACAAUAUGGCGGACGUACUGACGUAUAAUUUCUUCUGACGUUAUAUUUCCGCGACUUGUAGUUCCCACGAGUUUUUAGCGGAGUUGCUAGUGAUGGCUGGCAGCAGGAUGAAGUUGGAGUUGUCCAAAGUGGUUCAGGGAAGAUGUCGUUUGGGUCAACUGAAGGAGAUAGGAAGGAUGGGGCAGCACUGUCUGGACAUUCCAGGAUGUCUUCUGUACACGCACCUUGGCACCGUUCCCCACCUCACCCAGGACACCCUGCACACCCUUAGCAGCCUCCCCACUGUCACCCAGGUCACUCUAUCCAACAUUGCAGAGCACCAAGAAGUUCUGGAGGAGUUUAAAGGCGGAUUUAAGAAGUUUGCAGGUCUCCAUGAUACUGUGUUGUACUGCUCACUCCACGACUCUGCAGCCCAAAGCCCGACAGGCCACACCACCAACAAGACGGUGUCAGUUUGGGGCAGCGGUGGGCGGAUAGAGCUGACAGUGGCUAAGUUCAUGGCCCUUCAGAGGACGGUGCAGCCAGACUGGUACCAGACCAUGGCAGAUGGGGAGACCUGGCAGACCGGCAUCUCACGGAAAAGGGUUCGAAAGUCGGUGGACCGAUCUCUGGCUCAUUUGGACGAAUGUCUGCUGGUGCAUCAGAAAUCACAGGAAUUGGAUGGAGUCAGUGUGUUUGGGGUGGUGGAGGGAGGAGACAUCUUGGAAGAGAGGCUGCGCUCGGCCAGGGAGACGGCCAAAAGGCCCGUAGCGGGAUUCUGCCUGGACUGCUUCCAGAACGGUGCCAUGGAUCAGGCCCUGAGGAGCCAGCUCAUCACUGCUGUCACUAAGGAGCUGCCUGAGGACAAACCCAGAUUGCUGCAGGGCGUGGGGCGACCUGAUGAGGUGCUGGCGUGCGUCGAAGCAGGCGUAGACCUUUUCGAGGGUUUCUUCCCUUUCCAGGUGACGGAACGGGGCUGCGCUCUCUGCUUCCUCUUCGACAUCACACCGGACUCGGAGAGCGCAGGUAGAGCCCGCCUCACAGCGGCUGAUGAAGAGCAGCACACAGCGGGGGAGACGCAGCCGAACGGAUAUCUUAAUUGUGAUGAUCAAACACACAUGACACGCUUCGAGAUGGAUCUCAAAGACAAAAGGUACCAGGACGACUUCAGGCCCCUGGUGGAAGGGUGUGGCUGCUAUUGCUGCAGGAACCACCAGAGGGCGUACGUGCACCACCUGCUGGUGACCAAUGAGCUGCUGGCUGGAGUUCUCCUCAUGAUUCACAACACAAGCCACUACAACAGCUUCUUCAGGGCAGUCAGAGAAGCUUUGGCCAAUGACAAAAUGGACCUCCUGAGGAGGCGUGUGCUUGGGACAGUAAAGGAGUAAAGCGGAUAACUGAGAGGGACGGGAAGGGGACAAGGCAGAAAAUGUUUCUCUAAACUGGCACAACGCAGGUUACUGUAAUGCUGCACAGACCUUCAGAUGACUUAUGUUUGCUAAACCCAGAUCUCUGAAAAAUAAAGAAGAAAAGGAGCAGAUAAAUAUUGAGAAUUCUGUUUGUGUGUUCAGUUCAUCUCAAGUUCACAGUGCAGGUUUAUAUCUCAAACUGCUGGCAAUGACUAAAAUAACAAAACAAUUUAUCACCAAAUAUUUUGGGUAUUUAGCAAUUAAGAUAAUUUAGAGGCGUUCUGAGUUUGGUGAUUUCCACUACCUACUGGAGCUGUGCGAUGACGAAGGUCGCUUUCAGCGCAACUUUCAUCUUCCGAAGGCCCAGUUUGACAACCUGCUGACCAUAUCGGUGCCUGCAUCUCCUGACAGUACUCCAACUACAGGCCACAUAGUAAAGUCUCUCUGACUGGUUGAAACUCCAGCAGACAUGCGUCAAACGCUUGAAAUCCAAAAACGCGCAGUGCCGGAUGUGCAAAACGCGUUUGGUCUGUUUGCAGCAUUAAAAAUCGAGCCACUGUUGAUGAAAGAAGGAAGUUACUGUGGCCCAUGAUAUUUCAACGAGGGCCAGUACCCCUUAGGUCCAUCCCCACUGGCAAUCAUGCGACAGGAUGAUGGUUCCUAUAACACACGCCGACAAUCUAGAGAUUUUGCCUGUUAGAGUUAGAGCUGAAUAAUUGGGUCAAGAGGAUGUUGCUGGGAAUCCUUGCAUUGGCCUAAGUACUGGGAGAUAAGACGUCGAAUGGACUCAUUUACAUAGCAGCACAUAUUAGAAGAACAAAUCAGGGUAAUAUAUUACGCAGUAUAAACAGUCCAUCUUUAUAUGUUAAGUCAAACAGUGUGUUGCUAAAGUGUUUCACGACCGUCCACUCCUCUCACCCUGCUAACAGGAGCUGCGAGUUGACAGCUCCACCCUUCAUGCUGCUGACAAAGGAUAAAGAUCAGAUACAGAUACGGGUUUGUGCUGCCUCCCGUGCAGUGAUGGAGCAUGGCUCAUUGUGAAGGUGAGGGGGUAUAAUUGACUGCCAGAGCAUGCCAAUGCCUGUGGGAGGGGAACAGGGGACCGAUGUAGUAAGAGAAGAGUGUGACAGAUUUAUGAAACGGCAACGGGAAGUUUUUUCCCCCCCGCUGCACUGUGAGUUACCCAAACUGCAUCAAGCAUUGUAAAGAAGGAGGUUGGGGGAUUUGCUGUCAUUAAGUAGGUGGGAGCUGAGUGUAAGUGCCUGAGUAAUAAAAGCACAGGAUUGGCCAGGAAUGAUAAGGAAAAAAAGUAUUAAAAUCUCUGGGAAGCAGGGUAAAAUCUAAAACAAGCAGUGACCUUUAAACUGUUUAUUUUAACGUCUUGUGGGAUACAAGCAGACUAAAGGUAUUGCAGGGGAGGUUAUGAAGGGCAAUCCGCCAUAUUAGUCUGUAAAAAUAGAAGUGAUUGGAUCUCACCCUUCCUCACCAGAAAAGCUGCUGCAGAUUCUUCACCCUGAAACAUUUCCAGAUGAGGUUUUCAACAGUAAAAAGAACGCCAGUGCGUGUGACAAACUGGAACGAAGGUCUGCAAAAUUAUCCACACUUUGUGGUUUCGUCUGGUUAUAGCAUUAAUGCGGUCUUUUAGAAGACAUUACUGCUGACCGAUGAUUGAAUUUGCUUCUCGGGGUCUGAACUCCUCCCAGUUUAUUUACAUAGAUUUAUUGAGCUUGUGGUUGUCCGUUGUACAGUACAGGAAAACACAUAUGCACGGUGUAAAAUGCCUUUAAAUACAUUCAACUUUUAUUGAAAGUUGAAUGUAUUGAACUUGCAAUGUAUCACCCGCUAGCUGAUAAAGGAAGUUAAAACUG